CACAGGCGUUCCCACAUCAAAAAUCAUUUUAUCGGUUCGAGUGUACAUGAGAAUGUCAAAAUGGACAUCGGAGAUUGUGUUUAUGUAGUGUUUUUGUGUCGAUCUAAUUACUUUAAACUAAAACAAGCCGAUUAAGUGAGUUUAUAACAAUGUUGCAUAAUACAGGACAGUUUGGAAGCGAUGUGCCAAUGAAUGUUAACGCUCAAACAAACAUGACAUCGAUGAACGAUAGAAUGAACGUUGAUAAUAAUAUAAAUAAUUUGGGUAAAAUCGCCCAUCCUUCGCCUCAGCCGACUUCGCACUUUAAUUUACCGGAUUAUGGAACUUAUGGUUUAAAUAUGAACACUAAUUUGAGUCACUUUCAAAAUUUUCACCCGAUUGGCUUCCAACCGAGUAACGUAGCUCCUAAUCCGAUGCAUAACAGUUGGCAAACGAGCAUGUUGCCAAUGAAUCUAAACAUGCACAAUGACCAGCAUAGCAUGCUCGGCUAUCAAUAUGGUAAGCCAGAUCCUUAUAACGAACACAAAGAGCACAGUGUCAAUAAGCCCUUAAACAUACCACAGGUCCAAACUAAGGCCUUUCACAAACAAAUGGGCAUGGAUAGUAACAAUUAUCCAUACUAUAAACCUAAUUUUAGACAAUAUACAGAUUACAGUUUACAUAUGAACCCUAAAUCCAAACCAGAAGUGCACAAACAAAUGGAUCAUUAUUCUCACAUAGAAAAAGAGAGACUCGUAUCCCCGCGGCCAACUUACUACGAACAAAAUAUAGAUUUAAGCAACAAACCUCAGAAAAUGCUGAACAUCUUUUCAAAUCCGUAUCAAAGUCCUGAAAUAAAUCUACCGUCUAAUAAGCAUGAAAACGGAGGGAACGUAGACAACCUUGAUCUAAGUGCAAAAUUACAGAAAUACCCAAAUGUUGCACAGAAACCUGUAAAUACGUAUGAGGAACCGGUAGAUGUUAUCCCUCAUAAGACAGCAGAACCUACUUUCUCAGACAAUCUUAAUAUUCCUAAACCACAAAACCUUGAAACCAAUUUGAGUACAAGUUACCCAUACAUAAGUUCAGAUAUAGGCAAAGGAUUUUUAAAAGACCAAGAUUCGAGGCGGCGCAGCUUGGAGAAUACCGUUAAAAUGAUUGAAAAUAUACUGUCACAUUCAUCAAAUUCAAGAAAAAGCGAUUACAUUAGCCAGGACAGCCAUUCAGAUGACCCAGAUAUUACAGACAAGAAUAAAUCUAAUUUAAAGGGAUCAGAUGUGUCGGUAUCCAACAGUAGUCAAGUAUUAAACAGUCAAUCAAAUUCACCAUCACCAUCAAAUUACUCUAAUGACGAAUCAAGUCAAGAAAGCACAAAUGUUAGUAACGAUAAAAUUGAUGCUGAAGACGAGAAUGUCACCAAAAAUGAUACAAAUGUGGAAACCAUCACUUCUGACAAUGGCAACAAUGAAACUAAUAAGACUAAAACUAAUAAGGAUAGUCAGAGUGCCAGCGAUGCAGAAUCAUCGGACAGUGAAGAUGUUAAACCUCCUUUGAUGACGGACAAUAAUGCGAACAAAGAACAUGAAAUAAUAAUAGAUAACUCGAUUGUUAUAAAAGUCGAAGUCGUACCGAGUAUCAUUGACAUGGAACACUUGAAUCCGUUUCACAGAGACAUAUUCGGUAUACAAAAUGAAGAUGUGGCGAAUAAUGAUAUAAUAGAUUCUGAAAAUAGCAUUAAUGUGGCCAAAGAAGUUAUAAGGAAUGGUGCAUCGGUAAAAGGUGCCUUUUUUGAAUGUCCACAUUGCAACUUGUACUUCAAUCAUCCGAAGCGAUUCCUGAUCCACACUAAAUGGCACUCCUUCGGCCUGACCAAUGAGAAGAGACUGGAACUUCAGAAAGAGAAGGAGAUGAGACGGAACAUGAGGAAGGAGGCGAGGGUGGUUGAACGAAUGAACCAGAGCGAGGUGACCGAUGUGAACACGCCAGGGCGGAAGUUCGGCUGUAAGGACUGUGAUAAAGUGUUCAACGCUAAGGCUAGCCUGAAGAAUCAUAAGCAAAGGUAUCAUCCGACUCGGUCUCGUGACUGUAAGAUCUGCGGGAAGACCCUCACGGGCUGGAUGGCGCUGCGGGCUCACCUCGCGACACACACCAGCGACUCCGGCUACCAGUGCAGCGACUGCCCCAAGAGAUUCAAGCACCCCCAUUCGCUGGCCAAGCACAGAGAUACACACUUGGAGAAGACGCACGGCUGCCAGCAGUGCCCCAAGAAGUUCGGGUCGCGCGCGCUGCUCAACGUGCACAUGAAGACGCACGAGCGCGUGCUGCGCGGCGCCACGUUCCGCUGCACGUACUGCGGGAAGGGCUUCUUCGAGGCCUACAGCCUGCAGGUCCAUGAGCGCACACACCGCAACGAGAGGCCGUUCCUCUGCGAGAUAUGUAACACGAGCUUCGGCACCAACUCCAGUCUGAAGAGGCAUUUGAAAGUUUCGCACAGCACAUCGAAGCCAUUCGAAUGCUCGACGUGCCACCGUUCCUUCAUAUCGGAAGCGAUCCGCGACCGGCACUCGCUGAGGAACCACGGGAACCCGGAGGACUUCAAGUUCCUCUGCAAGCAGUGCCCGUGCAAGUACCUCAAGCUGAAGGAUCUCAGGAAGCACAUGUACAAGGCGCACCCCAAGGGGAAGAGGAAGAAAAAAGUCCAAUCGGACAGCGACUACGCGUAAACAGAGACUUUGUACGUUAUUUUAUUUCGAUCAUGAGUUAAACGUAUAUGACGAAGGCGUUUCACAUUUUUUUUGUUCAGAUUCAAUUAUAUAAGUUUGUCCGGAAGGUUUUUUCUAAUUAUUACUAGCCAGAGUGACUUUUAAGUGUCACGUGACACGUGGGGUACAUAUGUAUUGACAGUCGAUUACAAUGGGAGGAGUGGGGAUAAAUAAACACAGUUGAUCUUGAAUUGUAAUGACGUGAUUGGUCGAGAUAUUUAGUAGUAUGUAUUCAUUUUUUUUUUCGCUGGAAAAACGCAUUUACGCGUUUCCCCCACAUGAGGUGGGGGGGUAUGUGGGACUCGCCGGCACUGAAGGCGCUGGAAUACCCACUUAAAAAUCAGCGGUACCCACUCCGUCUUGUCGAAGGGUCGUCACGGGAUCGCUUGCGCAUCCUACCGUGACGCACCGACGGUUGGCCCGCUCAAGCGGGCCUCCUUUCCUAGGGGGAGUGUUUAUUCAUAGUGGAUUCGCGAAAUUACUUAUUUAUUUGUAAAAGCACACUUAUAACAUACAUAUAAAACAUUGAAAAAAAUAAUUUAUAAAACAAUAAUAGUAUAUCUAAUAUGCGUGUCAAUUACAAGUGUACAUAGCACUUCCAGAUUCAUCUAAUCAAAUUCAAAUUAAAAGUAACAAAAAACAUUAGUAUUUUUUAAAAAUUUUGUUUAAUAUGUUAUAAAGUUGUUAUCAGAACUUUGGAAAUAAAACUAAAGUGGAUGUAAGUUGGUUUUAUGGGAUAUAUAUAAAAAAAAUCAUACUCGUGCUAUUAAAUUGUAGUAUUGAGAAAUGAAUUUGAACAGAUUUGGAAGGAUUUCAAUCAUCUCUCUUAUCUUUGAUCAUGUUACAAAUCUAUGUUUGUCUAUGGUCUCUGGUCUUUAACAUACAUAUGUAAGAACGUCAAUGAAGCAAUAGUCGUAUGUAACAUAAUAAAUAUCUAUUAAAAUUAAAAGUUCAAUAUUAGUGAGAACGAUCCGGACAUGCUUUUCUUGUUUUGAGUUAUAAAAUAGAGAGAAUCUUAUCAGAAUUGAUUCAGUAAAUAAUUUAUAGUGAAUUAACAAAUUUUCAACUAUGUCUAAGUGUAUCUAUUUGUUUCUUAUUAGAACCUAAAUCGAAUAAUCGCCUAAUUUUUUAGUUGUUAAAUUCGAAUUUCGAAUAGAUGACGUCACUUCCAAACCAAUAUGGCCGACGAUGGCUGUAUAGCUUUGUAAAUUAAAUGUCCGAUAUUAAAGUUAUAAAUAACAUAUCAAUAAUUAUUAUAAAAUGUUAAAUUAUUUGAAAAUUUAAUAUUUAACAUUCUUAUCUACAAUAGAAAGUUAUUUCAAUAUUUUCUAAAUUAAUUCUGUGCUGUGGUACUAUAAGGGUCAUUAUCAAGUAAAGGGUUGUUGAUAUAGGCCCUUUUGGUUAUGAGAAUAAAGCUUGAUUGAUAAUAAAUUUAAUUACAAUCGGUUCUGUGGUUUAGCCGUGAAGGCGGAACACAGAUAGUUACUUUUGCAUUUAUAAUAUUAUUAUUGGUAUCAGGCUUAUGAUGUUUAAGGACAAAUAAGUUAUGGCAUAAUGUGCUUCAAAUUCUACUUAAUUUUUUUUUUAAUAAAAUAUGUAGGCGGAUAGUGCCACCUGAUGGUAAGUGGUCACUACAGCCCAUGGACAAUGUCGCUGUAAGAAGUGUUAACCAUUACUUAUAUGGUCAAUGCGCCAUCUUGGGAUUUAAGAUGUUAUAUCCUGUACACAGGCUCACCCUUCAAACCGAAACGCAAUAAUGCUAAGUAUGGCUAUUUGGUGGUAGAAUAUCUGAUAUAAUGUUGGUACCAACCCAAACAGGCUUGCACAAAUCCCUACCACCAAGUAAAGCACUCUUUUAGCACCGUGCCACAGAAUUAUUAUGUAAUAAUUAAAAAUUAUAAAGUUUUAAAAAUGUCUUAAACGAUUGCAAAAAAAUCGAAGUAGGAUUAUAAUAUAAGUAUUAAAUAAGACGUAAUGUAGCGCUUUUUUUUUUAAAUUUCAUCCGAAUCGGUUUUUUUAUUAUAAUCUGUGCCAAUAAUGGAAAUUUACAAAUGGCGGUCGAUUUCAUACGAGAACAUUCAUAUAAUCUUGUGUUGUGAAAAGUUUAAAUUCGCAUUACGCUGUUAAAUGUUUUCUAUUAUUGGCACACCGUUAUAGUAAACUGUUAUCUGAUCGCCCAUUGGUCGCUUGUUACGUCAUCAGCUGAAAUCGACCAGUGAGCGUUGAGAUUAAAGUGAAUUAGUUAUUUUGUCUAACAUUUCAGUUUUUUUCAUUAUUGUCCAUUGCACUUGAUUAAAAUUAUUAAAGUAACAGCGUAAGCCUCCCACUGCUGGGCAAUAGUCUCCUCUAAUCAGACUACGGAUUUUAUUAAUUACUCCCAUUCUCAAGACGUUCUCGACGGAAACCCUCCGGAAUUGAAUGUCUGGUGACGGGAUUAUCAUUUAAAAUUGGGUUUUAUUAACUAUUGGAUUUUUUUUAUCUAAUUCAUGAAUAUUCUUUAUAAUAUAAUUACGAAAUAAAUUUGCCCCCCCCCCCCCCCCAUCCUCUAGAACUUGUUAGAAAUCAGUACAAUACUUGGCGAUGUUGUAAGUACUUAUAUUUUUAAUCUUAAUUUGUAUAACUUUACAUAUGUAAGUUGUUGAUGUAAGAUAGUGCACAUACAUUGAAUUUAUUUAUAAAAAAAAGUUGAUAAAUAUAAGUUUACUGUAAACUAUUUGUAAAUAAUUUCAACUUUAGUUCGAACGAAAUUACUGUUUUCCGCCAGUUUAUUACUUUAAUAUUAAUAUAUAUUAUAUACUAUAUAUAACAAUUUCUAUAUAUUAAUAGGUUUUUCUUCAAAAUGAAGGAUUUCCUCAGUGCUAACGUACUGCGUAAAAGGAACCCGUAUGCGAGUUUUCGUGCUGCUAACCGCAGAAGUUUGGACUGGGUGUUGAUGUUUCAGUCAGUUCUUUUAAUCGUUGUAUAACAAAGUUAAAUUAAAUGUAAAGCAGCCAUUGAUAUUUAGAUUCAGAUUCUACCGGAAACAACUGAUAUGAAACUCAUUGAAAACUCUUAUGUAAUCAUCUAAAAUAUUCGUGUAAGAAUCGCUCGAUCUAUUCAUUGACAAAUGUAGAAAAGUUUGGAGAACAGAUCCAUGAAUUUAAUGGCUCACCCAAGAAACUGGAUGCUUUUUAAUGUAAAUAAAAUUAAUUUUACAUUAAUAACAAAUGGCAAUUGAUGCUAAGUGGUCACCGUAUAGACCAUUGUUACCAUUCCUUGUCAAUGCGAAACCAACUCACCUUUAAAACCGGAACACAACAGGUAUUGUUGUUUGGCGGUCGAAUAUGUGAUCAGUGGGUGGUACCUACACAGACGGGCGUGCAAACACAUGUCAGAUAUAUCAGAUAUUCUACCGCAAAACAGCAGUACUCGGUAUUGUGUUCCGGUUUGAAGGGUAAGCCAGUGUAAUUACAGGCACAAGAAACUUAACAUCUUAGUUUUCAAGGUUGGUAUUGCAUUGGCGAUGUAAGCGAUGGUUAAAAUUUCUUACAAUGCCAAUGUCUAUGGGCAUUGGUGACCAGUUACCAUCAGGUGUCAUCGCCUACCUAUUCUAUAUAAGAAAAGUACAUUUGAGAGUUCUAUAAACUUUUUCCAUCUAUUAAUUCAUCAGCUAAUGUUAAAUAUUCGCUUAUGGACUUGGACAACAUCUGUUUAUGCUCAAUAAAUCCAACGAUUUGUUUCUUCUGAGUCGCGGUUUCUCAUUUGCGACUUGUCCACAUACAUUAUCCCUUCCCAUUACCCUUUCUCUAUGGAGUUAUGUACAUAGCAUGGAAAAUUAAUAAAAUCCUUCGGAAAUGGAUUGGGUAACAUGUUCGGUUGAUUAUCAAAAAGCGAUUGUAAUUGGGCGACGUUUUCAUUGUCGACAAUGAAAUGGUUUUGUCAAUUCCGCAGUGAUAUUGACGAUCGCAUCAAUUGUCAAUAUAUCUAAGGUAUAGUGUUUCAGCCUAUACCGAACACACCAUCUGCCCUUCGUUUUUAAUAUCAUGUUAUUGAUAUGCGACAAUCUAUUUUAUUUUCGAUGCUGGUAACAUUUUUUUUGUCUUAUUAUAUUUAAGUUUAUUAAAACGUUCUUUUCAAUAUUUUAUUUUACUUAAUCUGUUGCUAAACUGUUAUUAUCAAGCAAAUGAGCUGGAAUUUUUAUGCCAUUGCUUGUGACUAUUGUGAGCUUGUGACUAUCCCUGUAAUAUAUGAAUGUCACACUGCCGGACUAAGGGCUCUUCUCCUUUUUUUUCUUAGAAGAAUUUUUUUAGCUAAUUCCUAUCACGCUACUCCAUGCCGGUUGGUGGAAAUAUAAUAUAUUAAAUUUGUUUCGUAUUGAAUCGAAUUAAAUAAUAAACUAGCAACAUUGUAAUUUUGGCACUGGGCCUUCCCUAGAUUAUAAUUCGGGCAACAACAAUAAAUCAAUUUAUUUAUGAUAUUGUUAUAACAUUUAUUAUAUAUAAAACAGACAGAAUACAGUAUUAAAAAUGUUUUCUUUAACAAAUUAUCACAAAAUAUUGUUUAUUAUUAUAAUAAGAUUAGAAAAUUGUCUCAACGGGACAGAUUGUUAAAAGACAAAGACACUAAUGGGAUAUUAAAAAAAAAAAAACUCUUAGAUCUGUUUCUAGUUUAAAAUAAUUUUAAGCUAUAGAAAGAUAAUUAAUAUUGUAAUAUAUUUUGUUUUACUCGACAGGGCGCUAGUUUUUUUUUUUUUUUUUGUUAUUUAAAAGUAUAUAUUGUAUAUACAACCUGCUUUUUUUUAUCUUAGCAACAUAAAAAUAUUAUGAAAUUCAUUACAUACUUUGUAGAAAAUGUAAACAAAUGAAUAACAAUGCAAUAUUAAAUUUUCGUUUUUAUAUAUUUUUUUU